AUGACUGUCUAUUCGGUUGUAUUUGUUAUAACUUUACUGUGUGUAUCUACUAUUGUUGGUGAAGAUGUACGAAAUGAACGUCGAAGUCACCGUGUAUGGAAUCGACUAACAGGAAAAAUAGCUGAUAAAUAUAAUAUUGAUAAUCGACAUUUAAAUGAUGAAGCAAUGCUUCUUUUUUCUGAUGUUGCUUUUCAAUCAUUAAAUGAUAGUAAAACAUGGAAUGUAAUGGUACAUGGUUGGAGAUAUCAAAAUAAUCAUAGAAGAGAUUGGUUUGGAUUUGGUGCAAGUCAUUGGCUACAACGACUUGGUCGUAAUCUUAUUAAUCCAGAUGAUAUAUUAUAUUUAAAUGGAUCAAUUAAUCAUGAUCGACUUCGACCAUUCUUUGUUGUUGAUCGAAAAAAUGAAAAUAUUGAAUUUAACAUCGGUAGUAUAUCACAAACAAUUGAAACAGAUAGACAUGGUGAAUUUUAUGAAAAGAUUCAAGUACCAAGUGACGUUAUACAAACAUUAAGACGACAAAACAAAGGCAAUAUAAUCACUUAUGAAGCAGCAGGAGAGGAUGAUAAAAAUUUAACAGGAAUUACACAUCUUAUAGAACCUAGUCAAGGUAUUUCAGUUAUAAGUGAUAUUGAUGAUACUAUUAAAAUAUCUGAAGUAUUAGAUAAAGUACGUCUUCUUGCUAAUACAUUUAUUUCUCCUUUCAAACCUGUACCUGGAAUGCCUGAAUUAUAUCGAGAAUGGAACGAAAAAAAUAAAGAUUUAACAUUUCAUUAUUUAUCUGGUAUGCCUGAUCAAUUAUAUACAUUAACACAAGAAUUUAUUAAUACGAAUCGAUUUCCUGAUGGAUCUUUUCAUAUGAGACAUUUUGGUUGGGCAGCAACAUCUUUAUUUAAUUUUCUUCAUUCUACAUCAACAUUUAUUCAUAAAAUACGUUAUUUACAUUUUUUUCUCUCAAAUACAAUUCGUGAUUUUGUCUUAAUUGGUGAUAGUGGUGAAAAAGAUCCAGAAAUUUAUGGAACAGUUGCACGUGAAUAUCCUGAACGUAUACGUGCUAUAUUUAUACGAGCAAUUCAAGGUGAAUCAUUUAAUGAUCAACGUUUUAUUGAUGCUUUCGAAGGUGUACCACGAGAGAAAUGGCUUAUAUUUAAUGAUCCAAAACAAGUGCCAAUCGAUUUAUCACGAGCACCAAAAACAAUUCCUAAAUAG